UUUCCUGUUAUUUCUCUGCCAGAGCAGGAGCCCUUUGCCCUCCAAGUGGGAGCAGUAGGGCUUUCUGGGGGGCAACCGUCCUUCUGUCCCUCCACUAGGAGAAGAAGGAAUGUGGCCUGGCUGGCUGGUUAGGAUCUAGGAUCGAGGAGGAGCUUUGGGGCAGGGCGGGGCAGGGGCAGGCAGAGACGAAGACUCCUGCUCGCUGCCCUCCCCGCAGCUGCACAGCAAGGGCCCGCUGCCCACCUUCGGGCUGUGCAGCCAUGUUCUGGGCGCUCUGACCCCACGGAAGUCCAUGGGGAGCCCCAGAUGGGCAGCUUCGCUCCUGCUUCUCCUCCUGCUCCUCAUUGGCCUCUCUGCCUUGGCCGGAAUUGGCUGCCCCUACCUGCCCCGCUGGAGCACCCACUGUCUGCUGGCCUCCCACAUGGAAGACACUCUCACUGGAAGGUUUGCCCAUAUUCCUUGCCAUACCCAGUUGGCCUUUCCUGUGUCCCUAAAGCCUUGGUGUGCUCAGCUCUGGCUCUGCCCCUAUCUGUGCCUGCAUCUGGUGUCAGAUCCCUCAGGCCUCCGGGAGGGCUGGUUCCACCUCCUGGUGCAGAAAUACAAAAAGUCCUAUAAGUUCCGGUUCUGUAGGAGACACAAGAUGCCAACAUCUGCUCAGGCCAACCAUGUUCUCUGCCUACAGAGGAAGCUGCUGAGUAGCUGUUGCCUGUCUGAGAAGGGUCAUCACAUCGCUGUCUCCUCCCCAGACAUCUCUCACAAGGGGUUGCGCUCUAAAAGGACCCAACCUUCAGAUCUAAAGGCAUUGGAAGGUCUCCCCAGACCCAGCUCACAAAGGCAUGAAGGGCCCGAGUUCUCCUUUGAUUUGCUGCCUGAGGCACGGGCUAUUCAAGUGACCAUUCCUCCGGGACCUGAGGUCAGCAUGCGUCUUUGUCACCAGUGGGUACUAGAAUGUGAGGAGCUGAGCAGUCCCUUCGACUCCCAGAAAAUUGUGUCUGGGGGCCAUGCCGUAGAACUGCCUUAUGAAUUCCUUCUGCCCUGUCUAUGCAUAGAGGCAUCCUACCUGCAAGAGGACACCGUGAGGCACAAAAAAUGUCCCUUCCGGAACUGGCCUGAAGCCUAUGGCUCGGACUUCUGGAAGUCAGUGCACUUUACUGACUACAGCCAGCACAGUCAGAUGGUCAUGGCCCUGACCCUCCGCUGCCCGCUGAAGCUGGAGGCCUCCCUCUGCCAGAGGCAGGGCUGGCACACCAUCUGCGAAGACCUCCCAAAUGCCACGGCUCAAGAGUCAGAGGGGUGGUAUGUCUUGGAGGGCGUAGACCUGCACCCCCAGCUCUGCUUCAAGUUCUCGUUUGGAAAUAGCAGCCAUGUUGAAUGCCCCCACCGGACUGCCCCAUCCUGGAAUGUUAGCAUGGAUACCCAGGCCCAGCAGCUGGUCCUUCACUUCUCCUCAAGGAUUCACGCCACCUUCAGUGCUGCCUGGAGCCAACCAAGCUUGGGACAGGACAGCUUGGUGCACCCUGUGUACAGCAUCAGCCAGGAAAUUGGAUUUUAUGUUAAGAGCAGUGGGAGUUUCCUGAAAGGCUAUAAUCAAAUUUUUUUCUCCUUCGUGAAGUGGGUUGAAAGUGUGAGGUACCUAACUAGGCUGUCCUCUCCCCUGGGUCGCCUAGACGUUCACCAGCGCUGGGCCCUGGUGUGGCUGGCCUGCCUACUCUUGGCCUCUGUGCUUUUCCUUCUCUUCCUUUUCAAAAAGGACCACGUGAAAGGGUGGCUGAGGCUCUUGAAGGAGGACCUCCGCGCGGGGGCUGCCCCCAGGGGCCGCGCGGCUCUGCUCCUCUACUCGGCGGAGGACUCGGGCUUCGAGCGCUUGGUGGGCGCCCUGGCCUCCGCGCUGUGCCAGCUGCCGCUGCGGGUGGCCGUGGACCUCUGGAGCCGUCGUGAACUGAGUGCGCAGGGACCCCUGGCCUGGUUCCACGCGCAGCGGCGCCAGACCCUGCAGGAUGGCGGCGUGGUAGUCCUGCUCUUCUCGCCCGGGGCCGUGGCGCUGUGCCACGAGUGGCUGCAGGACGGGGCGGCAGCGUCCGCCCCGCACGGCCCGCACGACGCCUUUGCCGCCUCGCUGAGCUGCGUGCUGCCCGACUUCCUGCAGGGCCGGGCGCCCGGCCGCUACGUGGGGGCCUACUUCGACGGACUGCUCCACUCGGAGGCCGUGCCCGCCCUUUUCCGCAGCGUACCGGUCUUCUCCCUGCCCUCCCAAUUGCCCGACUUCCUGGGGACCCUGCAGGGGCCUGCCGUCCCCCGUCCCGGGCGGCUCGGGGAGAGGGCGAAGCAAGUGUCCCGGGCCCUGCAGCCCGCCCUGGACCAGCUGCUUCAGGCUCCCGGGGCUCCUGGGGACUGCACGCGGGAUGGCACGUGAGGCAGGGGAGACGACUCGAAUAAAGGCAGACGCUAUUUUUCUA